AUGAAAGCCUAAAAGGAUUCAAUGAGAGAUGAUGACUACUCUCGAAGAAGGGAGCAAAUGAACAGCAAUAUAGAACAUCAUGGACAUUGCAUACCUAGUAAAGAGAGAAAAAAGAAUAAGUCGCCUAAGAAAAAGGACAUUAAGCCUGAUUUUAAAAAUGUAAACGAAAAGUUAUUGGUUCUGAGGGAUGAGAACAUACAUCUAAAAAGUAAAAAGCAAGAACUUGAAGACGAUGUUAAACUGUAAAAAUACAUAUUAGUAUAAUAUUUAAAUAUUAGUAUUGCAGCAAAGUUAAAGAGAUAAAUUAAUACUUUGAAAAAGGAUAGAAUUCUAGGAGCAGGUGGUCAGCUCUACAAUAAAAUUGACGAGGACCUUGAUAAAAUGAUUGAAGACAAUCUGAGACUGCAAGAUGAAGAGCAAGACCUGACUAGGAAGGUUAAGAAGUUGUAAAAGCUAAGAUAAACUCACAUUAGUUCAACCAAUACUGAGAUCAACAAGAAAUUGAGAAAAACCACAGAUGGCUAUGAUGUUAAUAGAAGCAGAUCACCUAACAAGAACCAUGAAUUUGUACUUGAUGUCCAAAGCUAUAGACAGCACAUUGAGAAAAGCUAAAAGCAGAUUAUGGAGCUGCAAAGAGAGAUCGAAAUGUCCAAGAGGGCCACAACUGGUUCAAUUGCGCCUGAAGAGCUUAUCAUGUAACUCAGAGAAAAAGAACUUAAAGUUGCAUAAUAAAAGGCAAAACUAGAAGACUUAAAUGACAACCUGAAACUGAGAUAUGAAAUGUUUUCUUAAAAUGAAGCCUAUCAAAAUGGACUGAUAGCUGAGCUGAAACAGCUUAAAUAAGACUACAUUAGGCUGUUGGAUGAUAAUAGGUCGUUUGAGUAAUAGGCCGAACUAGCCAAGCAGUUUUAACAGGAAGUAGAGGAAGCCUAGAAGUAGAGGGAUGAGUUAUAGCAGCAGUUUGGUUAGGUGACUAAACAGCCAUUUUUCAAAAGAGAGAUGGAUCAAAAUGCCUUUCAGUAGAACAACUCGCUGCAAAAUAAGUCAGAAGAGUUAGAUAAACUAAUUAAAGACUCUAAGGCUAACUUCAUGACAAUAGAUGAGGAGAUUAGGAAAUUAAAAGAAGAGGAGAAGAACUUAAAGAUAGAUAGAGAUAUUUAUCAAGACGAGAUUGAUAGAAUGAGAAUGCAGAUGGACCCAAGCAACCUCUCACUGGCUGAGAUAUAGAGAAGGAUUCAUGAGUUGGAUCCCUCCAUGUUCAGACAGGUAAUGAAAGACUUGCAUUAUGAUGGCGAUGAGCCUGUUUGGGCUAAAUUUGACUUCUUGGAGAGACUAAGAAUUGGACCUAAUAACUAGCCAAUAGACGAGAAUGACCCUCAUCAACUGACUAAAGAGAUUUAAAGGCUUAAAACAGAGAAGAGUGAAUUGGCAGCUGAACUUGAAAGAGUUCAGAAAUUGCUAAAAAUGCUUGUUAGUGUAGACAAAGAACAUUAAGAUGAUAAUCACAAGGAGAUUAAUAGGCUAAAAUCACUUAUAAUUGGUGAAAACCAAAAGAUCAAUGAUCUUAACCUAAUGAUAAAUGCAAGAAGUUAGAAGCUUUUAACAAUAACAAAGCAAGGAGGAUUUACUCAUGGCUAGCUAACUGCUGCUGGACUUGCUUAAUUAGAUCAAGAACUUGAGAAAUUGAGACAUGGUGUUAAGGAUGAUGAUGUUCUUACUGAGUUCUCAGCAGUGACUGACAAUUCUGAAAUUUCCCCUUAGGAAAACUAUUUGGACUUGAUAGUCAGCAAGGCUUAGUUUGAUAAGCAAAGACUGUCCCAAUUACUUGGAAACAGAGAGCUUUUGCCUGGUGCUGUUCACACAUUCAUCUCUGUUGACUUUUACAACCAUGACUCUAAACCUGGUCCAGUUAGUGAGGGAUUCGAACCUAACUUUAGCACCUAAUUCUGUUUCAAAAAUAAUGUUGAUGAUUUCUAUGUUUAGUAUCUAGAAGAAAAAUAUAUCACGAUUGAUGUUUUCCUUCAAAGGGCUCAAAAGUUCUUGAAAAUCGGAACUGCUCGGCUUGUCCUCUCCAAAAUAUUGGAAAGAGAUCUGACCUUCUAGGCUUAAGAAAUCUUAUACGAAGGAGGAGAGCUAGGUUCUACAUUUAGCAUUGGAAAAAUCUUCUAUAAAAUGAGAAUGAGAAAGCCAAUAGACGAAGCAAUCAAAUGGUACUAGCAAAGAGUGGCUUUAAAGAAGAAGAGAGAUCCAAAUACUAUUAUUAAUCAAUACUCUCAGAAUAUAGACAUGUAUGCUAAGAGAAAGCAAAAGGCUAUCACUAUUCAAAUAGUCAAAUGCUUUGACUUGAGAAGGCCAGGUCAGCAGUAUAACUCAAAGUAAAUGAUGCCGUUCUUCCAUUACACAUUCUUUACUUUCCAGUACAUCUCACCAGUUCUCCAAGGAAAUAGUCCUAUCUUCGAGAUUCAAAAAACCUAUGAGUUUGAGUUGAAUGAUCAGUUCUUUGAGUAUAUGAAAUCACAGAUAUUAAAGAUUGACUUUAUGGAUGAAUCAGUUGACUUAGAUUCAAAUCAAAAUGACUAUAUUGGAAGUGUCAGAAUUCCACUCAAUCAGUUAUUAGUCAAUGAAGAGUUUGAAGACACACUUGGUUUAGUUGAUACCGAAAACAAUGAGACUGGUAAAGUCUAGAUUAGAAUCAGUUGCAAAGAUUUUACUCCAUAUCCGUACGAGUUAAAUGAAAGAGAUCUUGACGUAGAAUUUAAGAUGAGCAAAAUUACUGAGAGAGAUAUCAUUUUAAAAAUAGCCAAAAUUUUUGCAGAAUCUAACUCAGACAUUGAAAUUAUCUUUGACAUGCUCUUGGAGAAUGGGGAGAAUAACAAAAUCUCAAAGUAGAGAUUCAAGACUUAUCUACUUCAAUUCAUGAGAGUGCAAGAGAAGGAAAUAGACAUUUUCCUUAAAACAAACAGAUACAUUCAGAAUAAGGAAUAUAUUGAGUUGGCUGACUUCAAAAACAUUUUUGAGAUAUACAUAUUAGAAGCAAGGCAAAAACUAUACUAGGAGCAAAAUGAAUUGCAAAGGAAAUAUAAGACUGCUCAGAGCUUCAAUCAAUCUAAUUCAAUGGGAUACGGAAUGCAGACUACCUAGAAUAUAAAAAAUCCAUUCAUGCGGGAUACUAUCAACCAGAGGGUCAACGAUACUCCAGGAUUUGAAGGCUAUAACCAAGGUUUCGGAUCUAGCUCAAAUAGACAAUAAGAAGAGCUACAUAAAUAGCUUACAAAUUUAUCAAAUUAUUCGGGGAAGGCCAAAAUGGAAUUGGAAUAAAAAUCUAAGUCUAUCUUAGAUAUAGUUAAACAGCAAGCCUAUCACCUGAUCAAUGAAUUUUAAUCAUAGCUUCCUAAAGGGCAAGAAUAUGCUAGUUUUGAGUAGUAUAGAUAAAUCUUUGACAAAUAUUGUCCCAACUCAGAUGACGUUAUUAGUUUCUUUGGAGACCAUUAAAUAGAAAUGAAAUUUUACUUCUAUGAGACUAUCAUGAGAAUCUCAAUGGACAAGGUCCCAGAUGGCAGAGCACCCCUACUAUAAUUAUAACAGCAUUAAUCAAGAACUCAUAACCCAAGAAUUAAUUAUAUCAAAGAAAAAAUCCAGAAGAAUCUUGUUUCUUAAGGAUUAGAUUUGCACACUCUUUUCAAAUUUCUGGAUAAAGAUAAAUCUAAGACUCUUACAAUAGGAGAGUUGACAAUGGGUAUGAAGAACUAUUUAGACGAUAAGGAGGCUCUUGAGUUGUUCAUGGCUAUUGAUAAGGAUAAUAGCAAUAGCAUAUCUAUUGAUGAAAUUAUUAAUGAGUGCUCAAUGAUUCAUUGUGUCUACGUACUAGACCAACUAAAAAAAGCAAUAUAAACUGGAGUAGAUUUAUCAGUUGAAAAGGUAUUUGAGACUGUGGAUAACAACAAGAAUGGGGAGAUGGAUAUUUUUGAAUUCAAUGAGAUGAUAACCUUGCUUCACAAAGAUGUUGAGAAGUUUGAAGUCGAUGCAAUCUUCAAACACUUUGAUAUAAAGGGAACUGGUAAAAUUAGUAAAGAAGAUUUCAAGAAAGCUCUGACUGUGCCUAUGACACUCGAGAAUAAACUUAAAUUUGUACUACACGAUUUCAUGACUCCAAUCAAGACUUUGAUGAAGAAAAAGAAAAUGACACCAGAAGGAUUGUUUGAGAAAUUCUCCAGAGACAAAAAAGUUAUUACAAUUCAAGACUUCAAAGAGAUCGUAAAAUAUCUACUACAAUUCGAGCUGUCUGAAGAAGAGACCAAUCUAGUAAUUAAUGCAAUUAAUGGCUUUUAUGCUCCAGAGUAAAGUGGAGUUCUAACAAAACUUAACUUCACAAAUUUCUUCUACAAAGAUUUUGUGGUGAAGUCUUUCGCAUCAGGAAAUGACACCAUCGCUAGACAAGCAUUGAUAAGAAUUAAAAGUACUAAUUAAGGAAAAGGAAUCGAUAUGAGAAAAGCAAUUUAACCAUUUUUGGAUUCAAUGGCACAAUCAAUUGAUAAUUAAUAGGCUGUCAUUAACAUCAGAAAUCUCAAGAUGUAUCUUAAUUGCACAUAUAAUCUUUCCACCUAUGAUAUUGAAAACAUUAUUGAAUACUUGGAUAGAGAUCACAAUGGAUUUGUUGGAGUCCUAGAUUUUGAAAAGGCUGUCGAGCUUAGAUGA